GUCGCGGCCGACCCGCCACGCUGCGAGCUUUGCUGAGUUCCUUCCUCCCGCGUAUGUGUGCGCGAUGUGUGUGUGUGAGACCGCGGCGCAGAACGAAGUCCCGUGAGGUGCGUCGAGGUGAGGAAGUGAGGCUGAGGUGCGUAGAGUCGAUUUCCGCGCGACGAGAGAUACGGGCUUCCCCGGCGCCGAAUAGUCGUCGGGGGUUCAUCGUACGCCGGUGUGGGCGAGAGUCGGGACGGAGACAGAAUGCGCGACCGGCGGCCGUCCGGGUGCUUCAGCCCGCGAGUGGAAACGAACGCUCCCGAUCGCGUCGAUCCCCGGCCGAUCGAGGACGAGUGAGGGAAUUUCGCUGCUUUUCGCCCCGAGAAUCCCGGCCGCGCGACACGAGGAUCCACGCGGACCCCCGGAGAUGCUCCUCGUGAGCGGGACGAUCGAGUGGGUGACCCGCUUCCCCGAUCGGCGCGAGUGUCCGCUGUCGACGCGCGACGCCAGUGAACGGCGCGCCGCGAUAAUGGAGUGAGAUAGGCCAGUAAAGCGUGAUAACGCCUGCGGUGCACGUGCGCGAAUCACGACGAGGAGCAGUGCUUCCUGCGAGAACGUAACGCUCGCCAGGUGGCCGCCCAGGAGUAGGAUGCCACGGACCGGCCCUCGCUGAGCCGAAUCACCCAUCCACGAGAGCGUCGUAGGCGCGACGACGACGACGACGUAACGGCGUUGAACUGAAAACGCGCCUCUUCGUCUCCCGAGUCGGCUUCUCGCACCCCGUCAGCGUCAAUUUCGCCGGCGAGCCAGUCGCGGGGAGGAAGAAAGAAGGAGGGGAAGAAUCGGCCACGUUCUCUCUCCCGAAGAUGAAUGUCUGUCUGGUGCGUCGACUCAUCGGGACUUCGGUGACCUAAAGUCACCUCCUCGGGGAAAUCUGUGCCGUUUGACCGAGAGAGAAAAAGAAAGAGAGAGAGAGAGAGAGAGGAAAGAGCAAGAAGGCGAGUCGGCACGCGGCCGGCUCGCGGCGCGGCGCAGCGUUGAGCGAGAAUGACCGCGAAGACGACGUUCAAGCCGGUGGAGGUGCCCUCGUUCGACGUGCCGUCGCUGCUGGACGUCACCUCGACCGAGGACCCCUGCGCCAACGGCACCGUCGGCAACGGCGCGGAGGACAGCUGGCCGGACAUGUCAUUGACGAUCUUGAAGGGCUGCGUCCUCGGCUCGAUCAUCGCCACCGCCGUCUUCGGUAAUCUCCUGGUGAUGGUGUCGGUGAUGCGGCACAGGAAACUGCGCAUCAUCACCAACUACUUCGUGGUCUCGUUGGCGCUCGCGGACAUGCUGGUGGCGAUGUUCGCGAUGACGUUCAACGCGAGCGUGCAGCUGACCGGCAAAUGGCUCUUCGGCUACUUCAUGUGCGACGUGUGGAACUCCUUGGACGUCUACUUCAGCACCAGCUCGAUACUCCAUCUGAUGUGCAUUUCGGUGGAUCGUUACUACGCGAUCGUCAAGCCGCUCAAGUACCCUAUCAACAUGACGAAGCGGGUGGUGGCGUUCAUGCUGCUCGCCUGUUGGAUCCUGCCGGCCAUCAUCUCCUUCCCGCCGAUCUUCUGCGGCUUGUACACCACCGACGAGAACAGCCUGCACCGUCACAAACACCCGGAGCUGUGCGAGUUCAAGGUCAACCAGAUCUACGCGAUACUGUCGUCGAGCAUAUCCUUCUGGAUACCGUGCACCAUCAUGACGGUCACGUACUUCGCGAUAUUCCGCGAGGCGAACCGGCAGGAGAAGCAGAUGCACAGCAGGAUGGGCAACGCCAUGCUGCUCAGCCACCGGCCGAGCAAGGAUCUCAAUAAUCUCAACGGUGAGCUCAACAGCGGCGGCUCCUCGAAGACGCUCACCCUCAACGAGAUCAACACCGAUCACCUGCACACCCCCACGAAGGACAAGCACAUGAUGAAGAUGAAGAGGGAGCACAAGGCGGCGAGGACGUUGAGUAUCAUCAUGGGUACCUUCAUCCUCUGUUGGCUGCCAUUUUUUCUCUGGUACGUCAUUACGGCGCUGUGCAAGACCUGUCCGUGCCCCGACAUCGUGAUCGCGAUCCUCUUCUGGAUCGGGUACACGAACUCAGCGUUGAAUCCACUGAUAUACGCGUACUUUAAUCGCGACUUUCGGGAAGCGUUCAAAAAUACCCUGCAGUGCGCCUUCUGCUCGCUCUGCAGACGGGAGCCGUCCGACCUCGAAGCGCUGGACUUCCGUCGGCCAUCCCUCAGAUACGACGAUCGAACUAAGAGCAUAUACUCCGAGACGUACAUGAAGCACAUCGACCGACGAAGAUCGAGCGAGUUCGGAAGCAGUCUUUGAAACGAGACUAUAUUUAGAUUCUAAGAGCAUGUACGAGUACAAGAAAAACACGCAUCCACAUAGAUCAAGAAGACGUGCAACAUACACACACACACACGCGCAUAUCCACGUGCUAUACAUGAGCCCGCCAAUGAACCAUACAUAUUCGUUAACGCGUAAUGCGACCUCUGUCCCGUCGAGACAUCCUCCGCCACUUUUUGCCAAAUAGACGAGAACGAAGGGGAUGAAAAAGGGAAACUCUACCGAUUUUCUUAUGGCGACGAUAAACACGCGCUGACCCACCCCGGAUUUGACCCCGCGAAUACACACACACACACACACACAUAUACACAAGUCGCGUAUUGCCAAAGUUAGAUUUUUAAGUAAGUUUCGCGUAAGCGCCGUUGCGCGAGGAGAAGCGCGUCGCUCUUCGCGCGAGGAUCAAUAAGAUCGUGAUUUCGCGGAGGAAACGGAAGAGGAGGUUCCGACUGAACGGCGAAAGAGCAUCGGCCGGCCACAGCGAGAAAAGACGCUUGCUCCUUGCGGAUAUCCUGGCAGGAUGCUCGGCUGAAUAUAACUCGGAGGAAGCCAACGACGAUAGAAAGCCAGGGACCCGGUCGGUCCGUAAAUCUCUUAAUGUACUUCCUUAGUCAAGGCCGAAGUUGCGUCGUCUCUUUGAUCGCGAGCCUCGCGAAUAUUUCGACCCAAGAGCGAGCGAGCGAGAGAGAGAGAGAGAGAGAGAGACUACCAGCGCGUUUAUAUCGGCCCAGCGAGCUCCGUGUUAAAUUCUCUCGUCACCGAUUUAAUUCAAUUAUUUGUGAGACACGAACGUCCCACGGGAGACGGUCUCUGCUGAUUCAAGAUGUGUAUUUCGCGCCGGUGAGAAACGUCUCUUAAACGUAAACGUUGACAUUGAACGAUAGGAAUUACCGGACGACGACGCGUAGAAAAUAUGUACAAUGUAUACGAUCGAAUAGAGUUAUCAUUGGGAAUUGUAGUCUUAAAGUUUCGGAAAAAUACCGGGAUUUUUCCUCAUUUUCCCGCGGAUUUCUUCGGGUUUUGUACCCAUUCUCCCGAGGAUAUAGAAAUUCGUUUAGAAGAAUUCGCGUGUAUUCGGUUGAAACCUGCUAUAUUUAUGUUUUCCUCUUUUGUAAAGGAGCUGAGAAACAAAGAAGAAUCGCAGAAAUAUUAGGAGAAACGGUUUUUUUCCGAAACUUUGAAACUGCAUUGAAAAUUAUUCGGCUGAAUGCUCGAACGCUCGACGCGUUUAAAUUAAUCAAACGAGGAACGAAGAAAGUAGAGCGUUGAGUCGAUGAAAAUUAGGGGAGAUAUCGGGAGCGGAGUGCAGUUAAUCGAUAUUAAAUUGGCUCAAUGGUCAGUCUACUAGUGAUACUGGUCGAUGACGUACGAUGACUCCUCCAACGCUCGGUCUCCGCAAUUUUAGAUCAGACUCGAUGCGAGUACCCGGCCGAUUUCAAUUGCGCGUUAAAUUCGGCCUCGCAAUCGUUUGCCGGCGUGCGUUUUAAGUCGACGUCAAGUGGCUGAGAGGACAUCGCGAUAUACACCGCGCCCUUAAUAAGCGCGAUGACGCGAGUUGCGUACAUACCAAAGAUACAUGCGAGCGUUAUCACACUCGUGAGACCAAUCGGGGUCGAAAUUUAUUUUGAAUUACGAAUUUUAUUUUGAAAAAGAAGGAAGAAAUGCCUCCGACACGGUGAAAAACAUUUUAUACUCGUGUUAAAAUCGGUCUUUGUCAAAAUUUUUGCGUGCAGUUUCUAACACACCCGUGUAUUGAUUUAACACGUUGAAUGCCACGCUGAUUUCCAUCGAUCGUACAAACGCCUAAUUGAUUCAAUUAAAUCAUUAAAGCUGCAGUAAAUAAAUAUAAUUCGGGACACGCAUCUGUUAGCUUGUUUCAUUAGCUCAUUACUGGCCGUACAACCUAUUUUGUAGAUGCAAUUAAUUAUACGUUACACGUAAUUUAAUAAAACGCGGUAACACCACAGCGCCGGUCACAAAUGAUCCCCUCGGCAUUCGACGUGUUAACAUAUUGUAUUAUGUUUAUGUUACCUCGAUAUAUUCCGUGUUGAGUCGAAAUUCAACAUGCAUAAGUGUCGAAAUAAUAUUUUUCCACUUCAAUGCCGAUUAACGCAUUAUGAUCGUUAAUUUUGUCUGAAUUUUCGUCGUAACAUUUGUGCUACCUUUCAACAUACUCGUCUUGUGUUAAAUCGACGCAAAAAUUUGCGCGGACCGUUUGAGACACCAUAUGAAAUGCGUUGAAUUAAACACGACAUUUUUACCGUGGACGCGCGGUCGACGCACGUCGUUCGUAAAUUCGUUGUGAAUUCGAAGGCUUCGGCGUUGAGCUGCGAAAUCGCGCGCGACGCGGGGCGCGUCGUUACCACCGCGAUCGCGUCGGCAAGUCCGCCGAAGGAUUAUAAUCUGCUAAUAGUAGUUCCGUCGUCGCGUUACUCGUGCAAGUCAAGCGACUUCUCCGCUCUUAAUCGCAGUCGCGAAAUCACCGCUAAAUCCGGACUACUCUCUCAUAUUUGCGCCGCAGUCUCAAAUUCCCGACGUCGGCGGCGCGGGAGCGUUUCAUCGGCGCUUGGAAAUUAGCGCGAUAAUAACAACCACGGAAGGUUUCCGCGCUGUCGAACCGAAGUCCCUCUCGUGCGGACCUCGGGAGAGUUGCUCGCGCGCUCCUUACGGCCACGUGGUUUCCGUGUAACGACAAAUCGCGACGGUAUCGUCGCGCGCCGCGUCGCUGACAACGCGCGAGAACAAGUGGGCGUCACGACGAAGGGAUCGAGCGACCUCGGCGAUUAAGGCCGACCUAAUUUGUUAAUUCCCGGAGAGUGCGCUUUCCAAAGUGAGGAGUUGCUCUCUGGUCGUUUCCAGAGAGUGAAGGUCUCCCGAGAUCGAGGUCGACCCGAGCCCACCGUCUCCGUCUCGGGAGCGAAACGCGUCGUCGAACUCUCUCGGUUCCUACGCGCGGAGAAAAAUUUCCCGCUGGCACGGCAAAUUUGUCCGUUACAACGGUGACCAGCUUUUGUUACACGGAAGGAAUAAUCGUGCUUGUCCCAGCAAAAUGUCGUCGCGACAGAUACAGUUUAGCUGACGUAAUUAGCAAUUAGUACUUUUAACAAAUCUCCUCGCUACCGAUGUAAUAAUAACGAACAAUUUGCUGUGUCGGCGAAAAUUCGUUUCUCCAUGCGAUCGCGCGAGGCGCAUUCGUCCUUGUCGCUCUCUCUCUGUGUUUCCGCGUCCGCGUGUCGACCAAGCGUGCCGUGUAAUUAGCCGCGCGCCUCCCCGGCUGCAUCAUUACCCGGGGAUUCCCCGCGAAACUCGCAGAGGUCGUUCGAGGUCGCGUCGGUCGGAUUUUAAGAGAUAAACCUCCACCCCCGCGUCUAUACUCGUUCUCCGUUUCUCUGCUCGCUCGUCCUACGGAGCGUCCCGCUCGCGAGAAGAAACUGGUCUCCGGAUUUGAACGAGCGUGCGGCGGACGAAGGAGAAAAGCGAUCGAGAGAGAAUCUCUCCGGCUUUCCCGGAACGGACGAUCGCGAAGCUGCAGCCCAAUUAUCACCCGGAGUCCGAUGCGGAUUCGCGUGUCUCGUCCCCGUACACGGAGAAAAAUAGCUCGCUGACACGACAAGUUUUGCGGCUGUCGCGCGCAAAAACUCGUCGUCGGUUAUUAUGCGGAACGGCCGAACGAUUUGUUAAGAGCACCACUAAUCACCGCUCUCGCUGGAUUAUUUUGCUGAGUCUACAAAUGAUUCCGCGGCAAGAACAAAUUAGUGGAUGUAGGGAAACAGUAUUUUGUGUUCUAACAACGAAUUUUAACCUGUCCCGGUGAUAAGUUCAGCUCAGCGGAAUAUGUUCUAUCCUGGCAGCGAAACUUCUGUUUUCGUUCACGGAGGAAACACUAUGGGGAUUAUCACCGAAUAUGGUUGCCGCAACAAAAUAUCGAUGUUAAUUUUCGUCCAUACGUACGAAAGAACUGUAGGAAUCAUAAAUAAUCUGGAAGUGACCUGCAUGACUGCUCUCACAUUCACGAGGACAGUCGUAAUAUGGAUGUUAGAACCGACAUUGAUGAUACGUCUAUAAGGAAUUUGAAAAUGCAUUUGCAUAAUAUAUUGAUAAAAUAAAACUUUCGAGCAGUGCUGGGGAGAAAAGAAAAGAAGCUGUCAUUGUUAACACAAUGAGCCGCUUGAGAUGAGCACGCGGAUAUUAAUCACGAUUGUUCGGUGGUUCAUUGUUGAGAUGAUGAACACGUAAGUUUGUUGCUACAAAAAUCGAGUGAGAAAUCUGCUUCCUCGCAUCUGACCGACUUGCUGUUCGACAAGUGAAAUAUCAGCCUUACCGCGUUUUGCGUGUCAAAGUCGUCAGAUUAAUACGAAUUCCUCAAAUGUGGUAUUUGUUUUGCAAACCGUAACAGAGAAGUAGCAAUAUUUUUCGGCUGAAGCUAAUUAUAUAUAUAUAUGAGGAUAUACUGAUUACGCAUCACAUGGCUGUGAGAAAUGUAUAGAUGCGCAUGCGUCGAUAAUAAUUUUUCAUUUAAUAUUUAUUUAUAAUUAGUACCUUGAAUUCGUAUUCAUUUCUUUUUCAACCAUAGAGACUGUGUUUGUAGCAAUAGCAGCAGUUUUUCCCGUGCUCUAAUUACGAAUAAUUCUCUAAUUCGGUCACGCCGAUUAAAUUCGAUCGUUGUCGCAACGAAUGUGCAGUAGCAUCGACGAUUUCGUUACAACAGCGAAAUUAUUUUUCUCCAUGUAUCCUUCCCGCUUCUCUCUGCCUCGUCGCGUCCUCACUCGGCGAGGAUCGCGCCGAGACUCGCGUCUCGAAGGUACCCGAGAGACUCCAACCGAUUGAAAUCUAGUCAUGCGCAGAAUAGAGAAUUAUAGUUUUAUUUUAAAGGCUCUGCAAAACCAAGUAUUUUUUCAAUUUUUUUCGUGGUUUACUCGAAUGAACGAAAAAAAUCAUGAAAAAACCGGAUUUCUCAAUUUUUCCACAGAUUCUUUUCGAUUUCUUUCCGAGGAAAAGUGUGAAAAAACGGUUUUUUUAUAUUAUAUGGAGAAUCCCCGGAUGAAAAAGAGAGAGAGAGAGAGAGAGAUAAUGCAAUUUUCGCGAACGAUCGAGCGCCGUCGCGUCAGUCCGUCACGUCGAUGAUUAUCGUCACGGUCGUGUCGACGAACGGAUUAGGAUUUGAUCAAUUAAUCGUUUAAAACGUUCGCAUGAGCGAACGAUCGCUGCGAGCGCGGGCGAUUGGCGGUCGCGUGCGGAUCACGUGCCGCGCGCUAAUUGCCGAUUAUCGGCGCGACGAUCGCUCGGGAGAAAUCAAUGAUACGUUUAAUAUACACGACGAUAUGUCAAUGAAGUGCUCAGUCAGCGUUGUUAUCAGUAGUGACUCUCGGCGUGCACGGACUCUUAUCGGUCGCGGCACCUCGGCGACGAGCGAUCGCGACGACGUCCCACCGUCCCGUCGAGCUCGUCGCGCGGGGCGAAGCUCAUCGACCGCGACGGCGAAAUUUCUCUUCCCGAGUUCCUUCCCGCUCGAAUCGCCCGCGUUAAUCGCAUUUCCUCAUCCCGAACGUCCGUCGAACGAAGAGCGUAUCGUAACGCGAUCGCUCGUUUCCGAUUUUCUCCAUCGCCGGUAAAAAAAAAAAGACGCACACGUAUCCCGUUCUUCCGAGUCCGGCUGACGAGCGGGCCGUCGCGAUAUUGGCAAAUAAUUCGGUCGACGUAAUAUUGCGUAACAGAAAACGGUACACACAUACACACACACACACACAGAUAUACGAACACAUGUACGACGUAUAAAUUGGUGUGUUGUGUGCGUGUCUCUUCUACCAAUAUCGCGGUCUGUAACACCCACAAUCAUUACAUUUGGCAGAUCCAGUUUUGUCCGGAGGGAAGAAUUAUCACAAAUGCAACGCACUAUAUAUAGUAAAAACUUUGUAUUAAAAACGAUCCGCGGAAGUUGUUCACUUUGACAAGGUAAAUAUGUUAAGAAGCUAUAUGUUAAUGCGAUGAAUAUGUUAACAUAUGUUCAACAUGUGUUUGUGUACUUUUUACCAUAUUCCAUCCCGAAGAAACACAAUUUCAACGGGCUGUUUUUAAUACAAAAUUUCUUACCGUGCGAGUCGCCCCGUGUGACGACACAUAGUAAAAAAACAUUUUAUACCUGUGGUAAAAUCGGUCUUUGUUAAAAUGUUUGUAUGAAAUUCCCCACACAUCUGUGUGUACUAAUUUAUCAUAUCGCGUUUACGUUAUCUCAAUAUUUCAUGUUGAUUCGACAUUCAACAUACGUAAGUGUCAAAGUAACACACUUUAUACUACUUCAGUAUGUCGAACACAUCAUGGAUAUUAAUUUUGCGGAUAACUUUUCACAUACAAUUUGUGUUACUUUUCAACCCUAUCAUUCACCCUGUAUGAAAUUAACGUAAAAAAUUAGACGGACCGUUCGGGACGUGUGAAACAUGUUAACGCGAAAUUUUUCACUGUGUUCGACGGAAUCCGAAUCGACCUUUUUCCCGCAGCUUCCGCGAGGAGAGCGCGACGCGGUAUUUUCGAUUUGCCGAUCCCGACCGCCUCGAAGCUGAUUUCAUCGCGUUUCGUACGUUUCGUCUCGAGCGACCAUCCACUGCUCGUCGUGACGAUUCAACACGCUUCGCGCGGCGACGCUGUUCGUUCGCGCGAUCGCGGCCGCGAACGGUCUUGCAAGGAGAGGAGUUAGUAAUAAUAAUCUCAUCAGACACUAGCCACUCGAUCGAUGUACAAAGUUUAUUUACAACGUCACGCUACGCUGUACGAAUAUGUUAUUCGAUUUUCUUCUGUGAUAAAAGUUAGGGAAAUGAGCCGCCGAGUUUUAUGUAAUUCGCCGUUACCUGUAAAUAGUUUGUAAAUAUAUCUAUGUAUGUAUUUGUUUCUCUCGCGCGUUACCGUAGUUACCGACGACGAGACUAAUUGUGCAAUAAUUACAUUAAAGAACGUUUCUUCCUCUUUCGGUAAUCUAUUUGUUACUUUCUCGAACCGUCGUCACGCACUGACACGCGCGUGCCGACAAUCAAACGCGGACGUUACCGACCGUUAGACCGUAUGUAAGUCGUAGUAGGUGAAUAAUUCAUAGGGAUGAGCUGACGCGUCUCUCGCGCGUGUCCGGAAAAUUUUCCUCUCCGCCGCGUCGCAACGCGGCAUCGGCAUUAACAAAGCGACGCGUCACCGCGAUGUGCGUUUGAUUUUCACCGUUCCUCCCAUUUUUCUCGCCGGAAGAAGAAUCACACCGCGAAAGUAGCGAUAAAUUUGACGCGUCACACGCGCGGGGAAUUCAUUCCCCAUUCGAUGCGAUUUUAAAUCCGCGACUCGUAUUUACGGUACGGGAAGGUGCUCGCAUAUCCCGUCUGUUUCCGCGAGAAAAAAGCGCGAGGGAAGAAUGUAGCCGCGAUGCUGACGUUAUUCAAUAACACCGGCACGGACUAAAAUGGCGGUAUCGUGAUAGAGAUUUUUUUCUCCCGCGCAAUAUUAUGGCGGAAAGAAAUGGGAUAUGGAAAUACUUGUUUUCAUCCGGCCCAACGCGGAGUAACGCGUCGGCAUCGAUUUUUCCAUAUGACAAUGACAUAUCAACGCCACAUCGCGACGGAAUCACGGUGUGCGGUAAGCACACCGAGCUUGCACGCGAGAGAGAUUGCGUUUUCUCAUUCGCUUCUUGGAAGCACAGAACACCGGGGAGUCGCGCGCCAAGUGUGCCGUCUGCGAGUCAACCGUGCGAAUGAAACCGCAUCUCCGUUCGUCGAAGAGAGAACGUGAAUCUUGCAUUCGCGCAUCCCCAGUGGCGUUUCCACCCCCUCUCUGUUUCGUUUCCGGGCCGCGCGAUGACGCGUGUCCGGCCGGAAACAACGUUCGAACGAUAGUCGGUCCGUUCGUGGCACGUCCUGCUCGAAAUUCACGACGAUUCGUUCGACGAUGAAAAAUCGCCGUUCGAUUUCGAUCCCGCGGGAAUCAAUCGCGGAAAGCUCUCUGAUUCGCUCCGCCGCUUCGCGAUCCGGCUCGUCGUAUCUCAUUUAGCUCUCUUAUCAUUUAAUACACUUCUCCCGCUUUAAUUCUCCCGCAAUUGAAUUCUUCGCACGCGCUCGUACGCGCGGAAUAUGUACGGUGUUAAUAAUACGAUGUCAUCUUCUUUGAAAGAAGAAUCCUUGAGGGUAGCUUUGUCCUCUCACGAACCAUUGCACGGUAAUUUCAGUACGCGCAAGUGGAUCAAGGGAAUACUCUUUCUCUCGCUGUUUCGCUUUUACUCUACGCGCCGCAAUCGAUAAUCAGCCGAGAAUAAAAUUGCCCCUCUCCCGUCCCCUCUAUUUUAUCGCGGGAAUCGCGCAUUUAGAUGAUGCAUUUCUGAUCACGAGAGAGAGAGAGAGAGAGAGAGAGGAGACCUCGGGGAGGCCUUGGCUCGGGUGUGCGAACAGGCGGGACGCGGUCGUUCGCGCGGAUUGUCCCGCGGAUCAUCUUUGAAUCCUAACAAUCUCGUUAAGCCGGAAGUAUGAACGUCAUGAGUCCCGUUCCUCGCGCGGGGAAUCAAUUCACGUCGCCGACGAAGCCAAACGAUCGGGCCGAAGCUGGUGCGUGCGAGUGACGUUUCCAGGUCGCGGAGAUGGACUUCAAAGACGCGACGUUUUCUAUUCUCUCCGUUUCCUUCGCGGGGAAUUAACUAUUCCUCGCGAAACGCUCGACGCUGGAAGCCUCGGCCGCGAACUUACGCUGCGUGUGACGAGCGGCGAACGAGUUUGCAAUUUUAAAAGUCGCGUCCCGCCUCGCUCGCUUCGAGCGAAAUCCGCCUUCCUUCGUGCGCCGUUCAGCGCCCACGGAUCGCACAUGUCUGAUUUUGCAGCGCAAUUUCUCGUUUUAAACGCGGUACGAUUUUCAUCCGUCGCUCCUCGACGAAAGUGACGUAGUUCACUGCGCGACACGCGUACCGUGUCCACUUGUGUCACUCGAUAAUUCCGAAUACGUCGAGAUUAUUCGCGCGUGAGCGCGAGAAAGAGAGAGAGAGAGAGAAGAAGAAGGGAACGUAUAUUAUAAUAUCAGUUGUUCGGGUGAUUUAUUUUUAUCGUAUUAUUGAAGCGAGACCGGGAAGCACGUUUUAAUUCCGUUAAUUAUUCAUUGAUGGAGAGAGAGAGAGAGAGAGAGAGGCGUCGAAGGUAAAAUAUGCGCCUGCAUACACACGCAAAAAGGGGAACAAUGGCAGGCGCGAUUAUAAAAUGUGCGCGAGAACGUGAUGUUACGUUAAAGAGACGCACGAUGCGCGAGCGACUCGCGCGCUCUCAGAAAUAAAAAAGCUAAUCUCGAUAAAUUUUAAUCCGCGCGCCGUCAUUAAAGGUCCGGCUUUAUAGCGGCGCGAUUAUAUCGCGGCCAAGGGGAGAGAGGAAAAAUGCACUCACGGUGCUAGGUGAGUAUCAUGCUACAAUCGAGCUCCAAUUUAAUCAGAUUUCCGUUUUAAUAUCACUCACUUUGCAACCGGCGAUCUCUCCUACCGACUGCCCCCCCCCCCCUCUUUCUCAUCUUCUUCUCACUAAUUCUCCACCCUCCUCCCCCUCUCUUUCUCUCUGUCCCUCAUUUUAUCCUCUUUGCGGCAACGCGUUCUAAAGCCGGUCGAAGCGAAUCGCUCCGUAACUUUGGCGAUCUGGAACCCGGGGACUCUUCUUUAUUAACUAUGCGUCGGCGAAAUUAAGAGAGAGAGAGAGAGGGGGGGGAGGGGGGAUAUUAACGAAAUUUCCACUCUAAGUUCCUGCCUGUCUCAGCAAAUCCCGUAGAAUAACGUAACUCUCGGCAAGUUCACGCGCGUUCGACCGCGCGUUCGUUCGUUUGCGCGUCUUACAGAAUUGUUAACAGCUCGUAUCAUACGUGGGGGGUAGGGGGGAAGGGAGAAGGGAGGGGAUUUUACUACGUUGUUCAUCGUCGGGGAAUGCGUUGAAGCAUAGACUUGGCGAGGUACAGACGGACGCGCACGAGAAAGGGGAACGAUGCGGGAGUUAUUACGCGGGAAAUAGACGCGAGAGCGAGCGUGUGCGUCGUACAUGCGGAGAACGCAUAUAAGUAAGUAACGAGUCACACGCGUGUGUGAAACUAUCUUUGUUCCCGAACCUCAUUUCGCCCGAUUCCUCUCGAUCGGCUUCGCUUCAUGCGCGCGGAGUAAUUUCGCGCGCGAUUUAAUAUCAGCGGUCAGAAUAUUUCCCUGCGCGUUGUUAAUUAAUAUUACAUUUCACGUGCGCGCGCACGCGUUGAUUUCAUCAGAGACUAUCGUGCGACGUAUGCGAGGAUCUUCGCAAUAACGCCGCUGGUUCCAGAAAAGAGCCCUCCUCCUCCAUCGUCGAAACGGCAAUUCGAUGCGAUUCGGCUGCAUUAUGUAACCAAACGUGCAACAUAUUUCGUUGCACCGAGGGAAAAUUUGGCGCGCGCGCGCGCGCGCGUUCGGCCGCGAAACAAAUCGCCCGUUAUUCGGCGUAAAUAGUUUUUACCCGCGUUUCCUGAUAGAAUCGGCCGCGUUUUCCACGAGUCAUUUAUACAGAACGGAAUUUAUCGUACACGAGAGCCGCAACACGGCGUAAAGUUGCCACCAACGAGCGCGGGGAGAUCGUACGACUCGCGUAGGAAAGCAAAUUGGCUUUCCCGAGACGGAUCGAAGCCGCGCACGCGAUGUGCUUCAAAAAACGGAGCUUUUCGCGCUCAGAGGCGGAUGAAAAACGGAUUGCGCUCUCCUUGAGGGGGAAAAUCGCGUUACUGUGCCGGAUAACGUUGAAGAGGAAAAAAAAGAAGCGGAAAAGAAAACAAAAUAUCGAAGUCCUCCGCGAUCGAUCGCUCGCGAUACAUUCAGCGUAACAAUCGACGCUGAUACGACGGGAGUAGUUAGAGUGCCGAGGCGGGUGAAAUAAGGCGAAUGAAGGGAUAAAAGCCUCCCCCCUCCCCCUCCUCCUUCACUUCCUCUUUCAGCUCGUCGUCCUCCUUAUUCUCCUCCUCCUCCUCUCGUCGAAUUCGCCGCGCGAGGAUUCUUGACCAGACAACCCAUCCUCGUCUUCGUGAGAAGUAACGCAAGUAAGUUAGGUAACUUGAAAAGUUUGUAGGACAUUCGAGGAACAGACGAGAAUAAAUGGUGAAAGCGGGGAAUAUAAGGAGGCGAGUUACGACGUACGUAUGCAGGACGCGCGCUCGCUCUUAGACUAGUUCAUUCCUUUUAUAUCCUUAUUUCAUUCCGCCGGUAUCACGUCAGAGCGAGAAGAAGAAGAAGAAGAAGAUGAUGUAUAAUUCUCAUCCGGGCAAACUCGUCCCGAGCGUCUUGUCUGGAACGUCGCGAUCGGUUUCGUCGACCGUGGCGGGGAGCCUCGUCGACCGAUCCGAGAUUCGAUUUCGCUUCGAUCGAAAUUUACCGAAACAUCGUGGUUCGCUAUAAAAUUCUUCAUAUCGCACGCGGGGUUAAGUGAAAUUUCCGACAGUCGAGAGCCUUCGGUUGAUAUUUAGAAAAAAUUGAUAUUUUAAUUGGGAUAUCUUCAAAGCAGGUAAGAAAAGCGUUGCAUCAUCAUUCUUAAUCGUGGCACGGUUUUCUUCCGUUUUCAUCGUCGCCAUCUUCUGAAAGCUGUAUCUCAAAAACUAGCCUUUCGCGGGCAUGUGUUUACCAGGACUUUUUUUUUCUCAACAUAGAGUCUGUCACGUAAAUUUGUCGGUGGAGUUCAAAUACACCCCUGAUACAUUUGUCGCAAGGUAGUAUUACAAUGCAAUAACACGCGUGCCGCUCUCUCAGAGGAUCACAGUAUCGCAAACGAUGUCUCAGCGAACCGAUCGACCACUAGCAUCAAACCACAAUUGAAUACCUUCGUUACAAGCUCGGCGUGCAUGUAAAGCCUUAGAACCGCGAGCGUCGUCGAGACGAUGCGGGUCUUGCUUGGCGAUGGCGUUUUCGCCUCGAGUCCGCUGGGGAAUCGGACUUCGGCGGGUCCGAUCGUAGUGCAACAUUUCCCAUUCAGAUUCUGAUUUCAGAAUUCAAUAACUCAACAUGCUCCACGUACGGAGGGAAAUUUUCUGCCGAGCACAGCAAAUUGUAGCGUACAGCAGAAAGACUUGUUACACGGAAAAAAUAACUUUGCCGUUUUAACAAAACGUCGUUCUGACAGCAACAAAAUUUCGUUGGCGUGACCGAAUUAUUCCGCUGUUCGCAUAUCCGACAAAUAGCAAUUAGUACUCUUGACCGAUCUUUUCGCUGUCACAAAUGGUAAUUAACAAUUUGCCGUGCUAGCAAAAUAUUUUCCCCCGUGCGAAUAACGCCCGGACCGGAUGAUUAUUUUCGAACGUGUUGGAGAGGACGACUUCGAAAUUUCGACGACAUUUCGACGACGACGCUCGUUUUCCUCGAUUCAACUUCUCGGAGAAACAGGACGAUCCGAGGGCGCCGGAUAAACGCGAGUGCACUCAUUGUAUUAUUCCCGCCCGUAUUAACUCUCGAAACGCGAUCGUGUUGAUUUAAUGAAAUGUACAACGACGACGAUGUAAUUUGGAAUCCGACGAGCAACCGUCAAGAGACCGUAUCCUCUUCCAGGAUACUCUCUCCGCGUCUCGCUCGUGGCUUCUUCGCGCGAUCUUCACUCUCUACAUUUCGACGACAAGACCGCCCGUGGAUCCUCCUCGCAUUAACGCGUCGUCCCGUUCUCUCGCCCGCUUCUAUUCUCUCUUCCGCGCUCGUCGACGCCACGGGAUGGAGAACGGGCCCGUUUUUCGCGCGAGAAAACGGAGCAGCGUGGAUUCUUAUUUCGCCUCGGGGAAUACAAUGGCCGGUACUCCCCACGAUUGUCACCAAUGAAAACGCGAAAUCCUCCCCCUUCCCCCUCUUCAGAGCUGUUUAUCUGUACCACGAAGAAGAGAGAGAAAGAAAAAGAGAGAGAGAGAGAGUGUGUGUGUGUGUGUAUGUGUGCGUGAAUUAUCGCGCUUCCGGCGAAUAAAAUUAAACCGGGAAAGGAGCGUUGACCGCGGCGAGUCAUCGCAGAACCCGCGAGAGAGAAUGACGGGGAAUGUUCUCUGUACGAACGCCGUCAACAAAGUGAUACGAUAACCGAGUUUAUUCCUCGCCGAAACGAAAGACGGUGUCUCUCGGUUUCCCCUUGGCGGCCGUAAUUCAUGCGCUCCUCCGUACAGGAGGUCCCCGAGUUCCACGAGUCGAUUACUUCUCAACGAAGACGUGAGUGCACAGAUGUAAAGGGGAUAAAUUAUGCACCGAGGCUGUUGUGAUUCGCGCGCGACGUAAUUCGAUCUCCCGACGAGCCUCUCGAGCAAACUUCUCUGUACACUUUUAUGCGAGCGUGACUUUCGUUUGAACACACCGCAGCGUCGUAUUUGGUAGAAAAAUAAUCGCGGAGGACUCGGGAACCAUCCUGUAUGCAUGGCGCUCGCGAACCGAAGCGAAACGUAAAGAAACAACAUAGGCAAACAACAUAGACAAUCAACGGCACUGAUAACAGAGAGUUUCGCCCGUAAUUGUGGCCCGCGCCAUGCGCGUACGGCAGAUUAUUAAUUAGUAAUAAUUACAUGCAUAUUGUGCAAUAAAUGCGAACUAAUCUGAGAUUAAACUGAAUGUCUUGUACAUAGUGAGUGUAUAAAUUAUCACUGUAUAGCGAUCACACACACGAUAUACUUAGCCGCGGAGUAUGCGAUUGUAUUUGAGAUGUUCACUAUUUCUUUUUGUUAUGACUUAUUUAAUUAAGAUUGGUCGAAAUAAAGAUUGUUUUUCGAA